AUUUAAUGACCACACAGUCAAUCUGGUGGAAUUCAGGUUCAGUACAGGAUGUUAUACAAUGGGCUGAUAGAUCAUUCUUUGCUGCUGCUGGCGGUGGUGAGCAAGGGGGGAGGGUCCGCUUCAAGCGCCGGGCGUUGCCUGGACCCACGUGAUGCCGAACACACACAACACAGCGAGACCCAGGAGAAAGUCCAGGGAAUAAACUUCCCCUGGAACUUGUGUUGAAGGUUUAGUGGGGACAGGCAUCAGCAGUUGUCCGGGGCGGUUCUCACAGCUUCAUGAAAAUAAACAACCGAGCAGGAAACAUUUCAACUCGUGUACAUAGGAAAAUAAUCCAACAAGAAUCACCUCCCUGCCUAUAAAGUGUUGAGCAUCCUGCCAGAGAACUUCAUAUCUACGGGAUCUGAGCGCAGAAUGAAAGACUGUGCACCUGUAAGGGUAUAAGCGACGUCGCCGAGAAACAAAAGCAACGCGCGAAAAAGCCUUUUAAAAUAGCGUGGACAAUCGCAGGGGGGAACUACCAAGGAAGUCUAUAAUAUAAACGCCCCCCAAAUAACCAGAGUCCUGAGGAAACGCAUCUUAAACAUCAAGAUCAGACGAGACUGAGGGCGAACUGGAUAGGCCAAACAUUUCACUCUUCAUUCACUUCCAAAUCUAGAGUUCAUCACAAAUCAGCAUGGUGGCUUUGCCAACUCUUUUCAUUUUGCUUUGUUGCGUUAAGUAUGUGAUAAUGCACAAGAAUGAAUGGCAGAAGACCUAUGUACCUGUGGUUUAUCCGAAGGCAACUUUCCAACUGCACAAUGCACAUUUUGAGGGCAAAACCAACCUGAAAGUCACCUCACCAUGUGGAUUAGACUGUCACAAAAGAGCACCUCUGCCAACCUAUGAAAAACUGAAAGAAUAUUUGUCUUAUGAAACUUUGUUCUUAAAUGGAAGCAGAACUCUCACGGAUGUGGACAUCUAUGGUUUCAUUGAUGCUGAUUUGGGAAAUGAACGAAACCGCAGAAAUGGUGCAAGAACGAAAAGACAGAUCUUUGGUUUGGAUAGUCGAUUUAGCCUUAUGGCGAGAAAAUUCCUGUUCCUUUAUCCUUUUUCAACUUCGGUGAAAAUCUCCACGGGUUGCUCUGGGACUUUAGUAUCUGAGAAGCACGUUCUAACUGCGGCCCAUUGUAUUCACGAUGGCAAGAAUUACGUGAAGGGUGCACGCAGGAUGAAAGUUGGAUUUUUUAAACCGGAACAGAGAGAGAUGGGGAGAGCUGUAAAUCAAAUCAACUCUAUUCUUCCAGAAAAAGCUAUAUUCCAUUGGAUAAGAGUGAAGCGGUCACGCAUUCCAAAGGGAUGGAUCAAAGGUGCAGCAAACGAUAUUGGCAUGGAUUAUGACUAUGCAAUUCUGGAAUUGAAAAGGCCUCAUAAGAAACCCUUCAUGAAAAUUGGAGUGACUCCUCAUCGGGAGAGGUUGCCUGGAAGCCGGAUUCACUUUUCUGGUUUUGACAAUGAUCGUCCUGGAGAUCUUGUUUAUCGUUUCUGCUUGGUCAAAGAUGAAACGUAUGACCUUCUGUAUCAGCAAUGUGAUGCUCAGCCAGGUGCCAGUGGUUCAGGUGUUUACAUCCGAAUGUGGAAUAGGCAAAUUCGGAAAUGGGAGCGAAAAGUGGUUGGAAUAUUUUCGGGUCACCAGUGGGUGGAUAAGAAUGGUAUUCAACAAGAUUACAAUGUAGCUGUUCGGAUUACUCCUCUGAAAUACGCACACAUUUGUUACUGGAUUAAAGGAAAUUAUGUUGACUGUAGGGAUGGAUGAGAUAUUAGUUUUUGUUCUGCUUUUGCAACUGUGUGCUUUGCAAGCUAGUGUACAUUUGUACCACAAAUAUUCAAUUCCAGAAUCUAAUUUACCGUGGGCACAAUUAUUCUGGCAAACCAAAUGACAAAAAAUUAUUAAAGUGGUGAUCAAUAAGAAUAGCGGGAGGGAGACAAAGCUUAAUAAUGCUUGUAACUUCAGACUACUGAUUGCUUCUGCAGGCUAUUUUUAAAAAUGCAUUCAGUACCUUAUUUCAUAAUUCCUUGUCGCUACCUUCCAUGAAGUUCAAAUUAUUUGACUAAAGUUACUUAAAGCAUCAAAUGUCUUUUGAAACAUACUUUAAUUGAAUUUUAAAAGUUUGGACGAACUUGCUUCAUGUCUCUGCAUUUAUAAUGGAGGGAAAACAUAUCUUAUUAGACUAGUUUAUUUUUCCCAUAAAAUGUGGGAGGUAUGGUUUAAAAGCACCAAGGCUGUUUACAGAUUUUGAAAUCAUGUUGUCAUACUCUUGGUCUGCAGUGGAUCGUAAUCCCAAGACAAUCUAUAAAUUACAAUUACAUGAUGUAGUGUAAAUGUGUAACUUUUUUAGAGAUGUCUUUAACUCUAAUAGCCCUUAACUUUAAUAGGUCUUCAAAAUUGCACAUCUUGUACUUGCACAAAUGAGACUGCAAAUAUUAAUCGGAUUCAUAAUAUAAUAUAAUUAGCAAUGAUGCCACAUGGUUGCCUUUGAAUCCAACUUGAGGGAGGGGGGAGCACCUGCAGCACAUCCUGUCGUUCAAGUGUACAUGAAAGAUAAUGUUGAACCUAUCAUAUAAAGUAUCAAUCAAAUGAUCUAUUUUGCCCUAGAUUGUAUCAAGCAAUUUGAUAUUGCAUGCAGAUGGGUACAUCCUACAGAUUCUCAGUUGAUGCAAGACCACUUCACAUUCUUUGUGCCGUUUUCUCUCUCUAUCUUAUUUAAAAUAUACCCAAUCACCUGUCCAUUUCAAGCAAAAUAAAACUGCUGGAGAAACCCAGCUGGUCAAACAGCAUCUGUGGAGGAGAAUAGACAGACGAUGUUUUGGGUCAGUGCCCCUGAUGAAGUAGAAAGAGGUGGGGGAAAUGAUGGGGCAAGAACUUACAACUGGGUCCAGGAAAGGAGGAAUUUACUGGCAGAUGCGUUUGGUGGGAUAGAGAAGCAUGGAAAUGGUAACCAAGGCUGGAGGUGAUGUGGAGAGAAGGGAUGGAAUCGGAUAUGAAAGGAAGGUGGGAAUUGCAAUGCAAAAUCAGAAAGAGGGAGGGUGGGUAGAAGCGAUGGAGGGAGAAGAAAAAUGGGCGACCUGGAGUAGGGAACAGUGGAUAAUGAUCGGGUGGAGAAGGGAAAAGGAAGUGUGAAUAGACUAGGGGAAUGGAAUUAACAGUGUGCAUGGGGGUAGGGGUGCAGUGAAACUGGGUGGAUGAGAAAGGUUUUACCUGAAAUUAGAUAAUUCAAUGUACGUGCUGUUCAGUUGCAGGCUACAAUAUGAGGUGCUGUUCUCUAGUUUGCACGUGAUCUCUGGCAGUUUCAUUCACCCUGUCUCAUUUUAGGUCGGGAUCCUUUCCGACUCUUUCAGGAGAAGCGGGGAGUGCGGGGCGGGGGAACUUUCAGGUUGUGUGUUUUAUGCCCCUGUCCAACUUAGAAAACCUGAACGGAAACCUCUGGAGACUUUGCACCCCACCCAAGGUUUCCGUGCGGUUCCCGGAGGUGUUUGUCAGUCUCCCUACCUGCUUCCACUACCUGCAACCUCCGGCAACCACCUGCAACCUCCGGGAACCGCAGGGAAACCUUGGGUGGGGCGCAAAGUCUCCAGAGGUUUCCGUUCAGGUUUCCUAAGUGGGACAGGGGCAUAAGGAGAUGGUUGGCAACUGGGCCCUGGCAGACACAAUGCAAGUGCUUGGUGAAGCAAUCGCUUAGUCUACACAUGGUCACUCUGUUUUUAGGGGAGACCACAUGGGGUGUUGUCAAAUGCAAUAGAUCAUUUUGGAGGAGACCAAAUGCCUUCAACUCUCCAUUUUAGUUAUGUCGUUGGGGCACAACCAGUGUCAAAACAUUUCCUUUGUUUCAAAUUAUUUUGGCAAGUAAUAUAAUGUCAUUGCCAUAAUAGUUGAUGGAUUUUCUUAUUACUUAACUGCUGUGCUAUACAUUGUUUAGUUUAGAGACACGGCAUGGAAAUGAGCCCUUUGGCAACCAAGUCUGCAAGAAGCAGCAUUUCCCAUUAACUACACUAUCCUACACUAGGGAUAAUUUAUCAUCUUUACCAAAGCAAAUUAACUUACAAACCUGUACGUCUUUGGAGUGUGGGAGGAAACUGGAACACCCAAGGGAAACCCAUGCUGUCACAUGGAGAAUGUACAAACACCAUACAGAUAGCACUCAUAGUCAGGUUUGAACACGGGUCUGUGGCGCUGUGAGGCAGCAACACUACCGCUGUGCCACUGUGCUGCCCUUGUCAUGGUGGUAUCAAUUUUAAGGUAACCUAUACCAUUCAUCACCAUCGGACACAGUAAAGUAAAAAUUUGCUUUUCUGUUUCUGUUGAAUGACCAAUGGGCUGCUCCAUUAGGAAGAAUAACUGAGUUUGGAUUUAGAUGAUGUUUAAAUGAUAGAACCUUUCAGUUUUUCUAAUUUGUUGUUCUUCCUGUACCGUUUGGUGACAAUGUAGAGCUGGUCGUUCACACUCUGACAUUUUAACUGCUAAUGGAGAAAAGCCGUGUAAAGUUGGUUAUACAAAUGUAUUGAGUUUUCUUGAGUAGAGGAAUUGGAAUACAACCUGGCUACUGAAGGAGAGCCGCUCUCCCUGAAACUGACACUAAAACCAAGUAUUGGUGAUGAGCAGCUGCAUUGUAAUUGCAAUAUUUUUGGCUGCCUAGUGACCUUAAUCUGAAUUUGCAUUUAAUGUUAUGAAAGCACAUCUAUGAUUUAGACUUUAGAGAUACAGCGUAGAAACAGGCCCCUCAGCUCACUGAGUCCGCACCAACCUGUGAUCACCCCGUACACAAGCUCUAUCCUACACAAUAGGGGCAAUUUACAAUAGUUCCAAAGCCAACUGACCUACAAACGUGCACGUCUUUGGAGUAUGGGAAGAAAUCAGAGCACCCAGAGAAGACGCACGCGGUCACAGGGAGAACCUACAAACUCCAUACAGAUCAAACCGGGGUCUCUGGUGCUGUAAGGCAGCAACUCUGGCGUUGCGCCACUGUACGGCCUUUUUAUUUGUUAGAUGUGAUGGGCAUGCCAAUGUAAAGUUAUUUGACACAUCUCAAUGCUGCAAAAACAGGCAUUUAAAGAAAAUAAAUAUUUAAAUUGCAGAUUUUGUAAAUCUGAAAUCAAACUAAUGUUGAAAAUUCUUGGCAAACCAGGCUCUAUUUGCGAAAGAGAAACUAUCAAUAUUUCAGAUCCGGAAACCUUCAUCAGAACUGAAUGUUUUUAUUUUUAUCUCCCAUAGGCAAAUAUUGACUUGAUGAAAACUAUGAAUAACUGAUUAGUAUGUCUAAGUUAAACAAAAUGAUUGAAAGAGCACCAUUGAUUAUUAAUUGUAUGAUUUACCAUUUGAUGAAUGGAGAGUAAUUGUAUCUUGAGCAUCAUAGCUUAUUUUCAAAAUCUUUGCUGUUGGCUGUGGUACUAUUAAUAAUUGUUUUUCACGAAUGCUGCCUGAUACAAAACAUCUAUCACUUUUUACACUAUCCCUUAUCUACAUUUUGUUCCCCUACAUCUACCUCACAUGCCCAGUGAAUACAUAAGACAAAGGAAUUCAUGUCUACCGCUCUGUACUGUGGUUUGCUAUAAAAUAUGGGAAUAGUUCCUUUUUAUCAUAUAUGUACUAUGCUAAACAUUCCCCAGUCUGUGGAAUGGUUGCUAGACAGUAUCCACUUAAUGGGUUCAAUUAAGGUCACGUUACAGCUGAUCACUGAGACUGGUAUCAUCCAGUUUCAACCAGGUUUCAGUGAUGCCCCUCACACAGGCUUGGGUAUCAUCUUGCACCUUGGGCUCAUGUGCUUUAACCCACUGUCCCUUUACUUUUUCUCUCUUGACUUCAACUUGGCCAAUCGUCAUGAUCAAUAUCAAUUUAUACCAUUUCUUUGGGCUGAUCAGGCUUUUGGGAGAGUCUCUAUAUAUGUCCAAUUCACCCCAAUUUAGAGAUCCACCAGAGCAUAGUAUAUGGCUUGUACGUGUUCCCCUUUGUUGUUUCAAUCCUCAAGUUUAUAUCAAUUACAACUUUUUUUGUUAAUUCCCUAUUAAUAGCAAAUGAUUCUAAUCUAUUAGUACCUAUACAAUUGUAUGUAUAGCAACAAAAUGUGAACCAUCGGAGCUGUGAAUCCCAUUAACUGGACUACCACAAAAAUAUGGGAUAUAAUUCUAACCCAUGGAUGGAUGGUAACAUUUAAUCCCCAAUUCUAAGCUUUCUCUAAUAGUCUUUUUACAUAAUAUCUCUUCUGCAUGAAUAUGUUUGUUGCCCACUUUCCAUUUAUGGAUUAUAUCUUUGCCACCUUUUUAUCACUGCUCUCCAAGGAGUAUGCAAUGGUGGAAUAGGUGGUUUUGCAGUUACAAACAGCUUUAAAAUCACAUUGCUAUCACACUCUGAUUGUCACAGUACCCUCUAUCAUUUAUUUAUUUGCCUCUGUACUCCAAAGUUUGAGAUUUGUAAUCGGAAAAAAUCACGUGGUUAAAGUGCACAUUGUCAGAUUUUAAUAACGGCCAUUUUUUUACAUUUUGGUUUCACCAUGUAGAAAUCACAGCAGUGUUGAAACAGUCCCUCUAUUCCAAGACACCAUAAUGUUUGGGACACAGCAAUGUCAUGUAAAUGAAAGUAAUCAUGUUUAGUAUUUUGUUGCAUAUGCUUUGCAUGCAAUGACUACUUGAAGUCUGUGAUUCAUGGACAUCAGUUGCUGGGUGUCUUCUCUGGUGAUGCUCUGCCAGCCCUAUAUUGCAGCCAUCUUUAGUUUAUGCUUGUUUCGGGGAUAAUCCCCUUCAGUUUUCUCUUCAGCAUACAAAAGGCAUGCUCAAUUGGGUUCUGAUCAGGUGAUUGACUUGGCGUCUCAAGAAUUUACCUUUUUUUUGCUUUGAAAAACUCCUUUGUUGCUUUAGCAGUAUGUUUGGGAUCAUUGUCUUGCUGUAGAAUGAAACGCCGGCCAAUGAAUUUUGAAGCAUUUGUUUGAACUUGAGCAGAUAGGAUGUGACUAUAUACUUCAGAAUUCAUUAUGCUACUACCAUCAGCAGCUGUAUCAUCAAUGAAAAUAAGUGAACCAGUACCUUCAGCAGCCAUACAUGCCCAGGCCAUAACACCCCCACCACCGUGUUUCACUGAUGAGGUCGUACGCAUUGGAUCUUGGGCAGUUCCUUCGCUCCUCCAUACUUUGCUCUUGCCAUCACUCUGAUAUGUUAAUCUUCGUCUCAUCUGUCCACAAGAACUUUUUCCAGAACUGCGGUUGCUCUUUUAAGUAGUUCUUGGCAAACUGUAACCUGGCCAUCCUAUUUUUCCGGCUAACCAUUGAUUUGCAUCUUGCAGUGUAGCCUCUGUAUUUCUGUUCAUGAAGUCUUCUGCGGACAGUGAUCAUUGACAAAUCCACACCUAACUCCUGAAGAAUGUUUCUGAUCUGUCGGACAGGUAAACUCACCAGUGCUGUCUUUCUUCUAAAUAUUUCCAGUUGAUUUGGGUAAGCCUAAGGUUUGGCUGAUGUCUCUAACAGUUCUAUUCUUGUUUCUCAAUCUUAUAAUGGAUUAUUUGACUUUCAUUGGCACAACUUUGGUCCUUAUGUUGAUAAACAGCAAUAAAAGUUUCCAAAGGUGAUGGAAAGACUGGAGGAAAGACUAGGUGCUGAGUGCUCUCUUAUACCUGCAUUAAGGAGGCAAUUAAACACACCUGAGCAAUUACAAAAACCUGUGUAGCCAUGUGUUCCAAACUUUAUGGUGCCCUGAAAUGGGGGGAUUAUGUAUAAACACCGUUGUAAUUUCUACAUGGUGAAACCAGAAUGUGUAAAAAUGGCCUUUAUUAAAAUCUGACAGUACACUUUAACCACAAGUUGCAGUUACUGAUGAUAAAUAACAUGGGAUGACAUGGCCACAAAGUGGAGGCAUAGGCGAGUAACAACAUUUGAAUAAGAUUGCAAUACAUAUUAAAAUAUAUGAGUCAAUGUCAAAUUCAAGCACUUAUUUCAAUCCUUGCUAUAUCUUUUGCACUGCACAUACUGACCAUUGAGAAAUGUCUGCAGCUUUAGUUUAUUCAACAGAAGAUGAACAUUGAGAAUUUUAGAACUUACUUUAUAUUUUUUUCUAAUCCUGGAGGGAUGAACUCUGAUAGCAUGGAAAUAUCAAUUUUCGUUAAUACUGAAGUAUGUAAACUUACCACAGAUAAUUUUGUUGAUUUUGACAAAACGUCUACAAUAAGCAAUUAUAUUGUACACAAUUACCACAUGUACUGCUGCUCCAAUUGUUUUCAAUAUCUGGCCAAUGAGCCAUGGGCUCUGAAUGUGGACAAUUUCUAACGUAAUGUAUGUCAAUAUUUUAAUCAAUAAAAGUGAAUAGUUCAAUUUCA